GCUUUGGUAAUGACGCUUAAAGUAUACGACAGGCUCCGCGAAGCACGAGUUAAACGUCAUCAAUUUGAGACAGGAAGUCAGAGAAGUGCGUCUUUAACCAUAAACCUCUCUGGAUUUAACAGCUAACUGUUUCGUACGGUUACGUAUCAACGGUUACUUUUGCCAGAAGGUAAUUACGGUUGUUUCACUACAAGGUCUUUUGGGAUUCCUUUACCUUUGACUGUGCCUGUGGUUGCCAUGGCAGCUGCAGGGGGACUGGGCGGGGCACUGUCCGCACGAGGAGGAGCCGGGGCCAGGCGGAUGAAGUGGGCUCUGGAGUUGAGUCUGGGGAGCAGCAGGAAUCGCGGGGACUCUCUGUACCCCGUGGGAUAUUUGGACAAGCCGGUUCCUGACACAAGUGUCCAGGAGACUGACAGAAAUCUGGUGGAAAAGAGGUGCUGGGACGUCGCUCUGGGUCCCCUAAAGCAGAUCCCCAUGAACCUGUUCAUUAUGUACAUGUCUGGCAACACCAUCUCCAUCUUCCCCAUUAUGAUGGUGUGUAUGAUGGCCUGGAGGCCCAUCCAGGCCCUGAUGUCCAUGUCUGCCACCUUUAAGCUAUUGGAGAGCUCCAGUCAACAGUGGCUCCAGGGUCUGGUCUACCUCUUCGGAAACAUUCUAGGGUCUGCAUUGGCCAUCUACAAAUGUCAAUCAAUGGGGCUUCUACCCACUCACUCAUCUGAUUGGCUAGCAUUCAUUGAACCUGCCCAGAGGAUGGAGAUCAUGGGCGGAGGCAUGGUGCUCUGAACAAGUGGCAGGACGAGACGCACACACACUCUCACACACACACAGACUCACACACGCGUGCACGCACACACACACACACUCACAUACA